UUCUCACUUAACUCAUAAACAACAACAACAACAAGUCAACACUUUAAAAAGUAAGGAUUUGUUUAUUUAACUCUGGUGACUAGUGAUCUCUUUCACUCAAUGGAUAUAGGAGCAAGAAGAAGGACGCAUAGUAGUAGUAGAAGGGUUCCUUCAACAAUGGGAAGUGAAGUGGAAGAAGAGUUUCAAGAAGAAGAUGUGUGGUCGGUUCUUAGAGAAGGUGAAACUUCAGGUCUUGAAAUGAAGAUACCCAAAAGUCAUUUCUCCUCUUCCUCAUCAUCUUCUUCUUCUUCUUCUUCACCGUGGAAGAUUCAUAGAAGCAACAAGGAGGUCUCGGGGGUAAAACAGUCAUCGGCACCUAUGAAUGUUCCUGAUUGGUCCAAGGUUUAUGGUGGUGACUCAAAGAGCACGAGCAGGAGGAGUAGCCAUUUGCGUUUUCAUCAUGGCGACGACAAGGAUGGUGGUGAAGAUGACGAUGGUUGCAUGGUUCCUCCACAUGAAUGGGUUGCAAGAAAGCUAGCAAGAACACAGAUCUCUUCAUUCUCUAUGUGCGAAGGAGUUGGAAGAACACUCAAAGGAAGAGAUCUAAGCAAAGUGAGAAAUGCUGUCUUGUCAAAAACUGGUUUCUUGGAGUAAGUAGGAUUAUAAUAAUAUCUUAUCGACUCAUCAUCAUCAUCAUGAGUUCAUCAAUCAUCAUCCAUGUGCAUGAAUCACAUAACUCUUGUUUUAACAUUAUAUCAUCAUGAAAAAACUCAACUUUUAUGGUAUCCACAUCAUCAUCAUUAUCAAUGUCAUUGUCGUCAUCAUCAUGUGGGGAUCACUAUACCAAGAGUCUUUUGUUAAGUUUUUAUUAUUAUUAUUUUUUCAAUGUGUUAUCUCUAUAUUUAUAGAGUAGAUAAGUAUCAUAGUGAUGAUGAUGACUUAUCUACCCCAUGCAUGGGUCCCUUUUUUUUAUUUUUCUUCUGUUGUGUUUUCUCUUUGAAGUUUGUACUAGAGAGCCUAGAGAAGAGGAGGCAUAUCCUUUGGUACCUUUUUUAAUUAGAGAGCUUAUUUGAGUUCUUCUUCACCAUGUUUGGUGAAAGUCUUUGUCCUUUGCUAUCGAUAUCAUGUAAUAUAUAAACUAUGCACCUUUUUGUUAGCAUUAUUAGCUAUGUCUAUCAUAUCACUAAUCAAUCGUAGGAUAUGAGAUGUUUUUGGAGAAGUCUACUAGCAAGAAGUCAUUAACAAUGCCAAAACUAAACCGUUUAAAUUGGACUACUUUUGAUUUCCAUAAUGAAAUGCUAAGUUUAGGAUUCUUAAGAUUAUUCAACCACACCAUUCGAUCUACUAAUAUUAUAUAUUCAUAUUAUUCUUUCAUGAUAUUAUAAAGAUUGAAACUUUGAAAGAAUUCAUGAUAUAUUUUCAUGAUAAUGGCAGAGAGUGAUCUCUCUAUAGAAUAAAAUGUGGUUAAUAGAAGAAGAUCAAUGAAUAGCAAGAAACUAGAAAACAUCAAAUAAAUUGAUGUGAAAUUCUUAUGGACAAUGUAAAUCACACUGUCACGAUAUAGAAAACCCUAAACAUAAAAAAUAGUAAUACAAACAAAUAAUAAGAAU